UGAAGUUGGCCUGGUCACUCAAGAAAGGAUUAAAGGAGAAUUUAGUGUCACUGAGCUGUGACUGCUGAAGAGGGAACUCAAGUGUUCGGGUCACUGUGUGAACAGGAUGCUCUCAGUGCAGAGCUGCACCAGGAGGAAUAUGGCCGGCUCUCCUCCUGCUUUUCCCGGCUUUGGUAACUCUGGAAAGAGUUUUCUUAUUGACAAUCUGCUGCAGUCACAGACACCUUCAGCCCGCCCAGAAACAAUACAAGGUGGACACCUGCGACGGGCCGCAUGUGAACGACCUAGGAGAAUCUGGGGCUGUGAGCAUGGAGCCUACCAAAGCCAGGGCCACAGUCCCCAGCAUAGGAAAGACUUGGGAGUACCCCUUCUAACACACACAGGUGUACUGAGCAGUGUUUUCCUGCCGAGCCCACAUUAUAUGCUGGCAUGCUGCGAUGGGUCCAGCCCCCCUCCUGCCUUCUCCAAGGGAGCAAAUAUUCAAAUGUGGUCUGCUGAUAUAAGUCCUAAAUCACGCAGAGGGAUCCUUAGGAGAGCUGUGUUCUCUGACGAACAACGGAAGGAGCUGGAGAGAACUUUUCGGAGACAGAAAUACAUCAGCAAGACAGACCGGAACAAACUGGCAGCUGAUCUCAGUCUCAAGGAGUCCCAGGUAAAGAUCUGGUUUCAGAACCGUCGUAUGAAGUGGAGGAACUGUAAGGAGAAGGAGGUCCAUAACACUCGCUCCCCAAUGGAUGAGCUCAUGGCCCGGGGUCUCGCUCAGGAAGAGGAAGAACCUACACAGAACCAUCACUCUGAAUCAAAAAGUGAGAGAUCACCAUCACAGAAUAGUGCCAGGGACACAUGAGUGGCAGUAAUGGGUGGAAAGUAAACCAAUGACUUUCUUAAAUCCACAAAAACUGGUAAAAGGCUACACAACUGGAAAGGUGUUGAGGAAUGUGUGGAUAGAAUAAACUGUCUGUGAAGACUAACAUUGACUCUUUUAUAAAGCAUGUAACCAUUUUGUUGAAUCAUCUUAUUGCGUAUCACCAGCUUUAUUUAGCAAUUGUUUAUUACACUAACAAGUCUUUCCAGGAAAGAUUCCCACUCUUUGAUUGUAAUUACAAUCACUUGAAUGCACAAAAGUCACUUGCUUUUAUGCUUUUACAUCAGACUUCAAAUUAGUUUUGUCAUUUAGUCAGCUUUAGAGUAACACUCUGCUCAUAAUCAAAAAACCUUUUUGAAGGCAAAUCUCACUUGCUAUAUUUUGUAAAUAUGUUAUUUUUUCAUGAUUAUGAAUGCAUAGAUCAGGUGUAAAUAAAGCGUUUCAAUUAAUCCUCAUUUCCAUAUUGCUUGUUUUUACUGUGGUGGGCUGUGGAACAAUUAAAUUAACAUGUCAAUAAACACUUCUAUACACUGUC